AUGAGGGGGUUGUUGGUGGGGUUGUGGGGGUGGUGUGGGGUGGGGGGGUUUUUUGUGGGUGGGUUGGUUGGGUGGGGGGGGGGGUGGGGGGGGGGGGGUGGUGUGGGGUGGGGGGGUGGUUGGUGUGUGGUGGGGGUGUGGGUGGGAUUGGUUGUUGUAGGUGAUUUAUGGGGGAAUGGGGGGGGGGGGGGGUUGGUGUGGGGUGGGGAUUGGUGUUUUGGGGGGGGGUGGGGUGGGUGGGGGGGUUUGGUGUUGUUGGUGGGUGUUGUUUGUUGGUGUGUGUGGUUGGGGUGUGGUUGGUGGUGUGGGGGUGUUGGGGGGGUGGGGGGUGGUGUGGUGGGUGGGGGGGUGGGGGGGGUUUGUUGGUGUGGUGGUGGGGGUGGUUGGUUGGUGUUUGGUUGUGGGGGGGUGUUUGGGUUGUUUUGGGGUGGUUUGGGGUCUUCCUGUCUGUCUCCCUCUCCUCCUCCUGUCUCCCUCUCCUCUUCCUGUCUCCCUCUCCUCUUCCUGUCUCCCUCUCCUCUUCCUGUCUCCCUCUCCUCCUCCUGUCUCCCUCUCCUCCUCCUGUCUCCCUCUCCUCCUCCUGUCUCCCUCUCCUCUUCCUGUCUCCCUCUCCUCUUCCUGUCUCCCUCUCCUCUUCCUGUCUCCCUCUCCUCCUCCUGUCUCCCUCUCCUCCUCCUGUCUCCCUCUCCUCUUCCUGUCUCCCUCUCCUCUUCCUGUCUCCCUCUCCUCCUCCUGUCUCCCUCUCCUCCUCCUGUCUCCCUCUCCUCUUCCUGUCUCCCUCUCCUCUUCCUGUCUCCCUCUCCUCCUCCUGUCUCCCUCUCCUCCUCCUGUCUCCCUCUCCUCUUCCUGUCUCCCUCUCCUCUUCCUGUCUCCCUCUCCUCUUCCUGUCUCCCUCUCCUCUUCCUGUCUCCCUCUCCUCUUCCUGUCUCCCUCUCCUCCUCCUGUCUCCCUCUCCUCUUCCUGUCUCCCUCUCCUCCUCCUGUCUCCCUCUCCUCCUCCUGUCUCCCUCUCCUCUUCCUGUCUCCCUCUCCUCCUCCUGUCUCCCUCUCCUCCUCCUGUCUCCCCCUCCUCUUCCUGUCUCCCUCUCCUCCUCCUGUCUCCCCCUCCUCUUCCUGUCUCCCUCUCCUCCUCCUGUCUCCCUCUCCUCCUCCUGUCUCCCUCUCCUCCUCCUGUCUCCCUCUCCUCCUGCCUCCUCCCCCUCCUCCUCCUGCCUCCCUCUCUCUCCUCCUGCCUCCUCCCCCUCCUCCUGCCUCCUCCCUCUCCUCGUCCUGUCUCCCUCUCCUCCUCCUGUCUCCCUCUCCUCCUCCUGUCUCCCUCUCCUCCUCCCCCUCCUCCUCCUGCCUCCCUCUCUCUCCUCCUGCCUCCUCCCCCUCCUCCUGCUGUCUCCCUCUCCUCCUCCUGCCUCCUCCCUCUCCUCCUCCUGUCUCCCUCUCCUCCUCCUGUCUCCCUCUCCUCCUCCUGUCUCCCUCUCCUCCUCCUGUCUCCCUCCUCCCUCCUCCUGUCUCCCUCUCCUCUUCCUGUCUCCCUCUCCUCCUCCUGUCUCCCUCUCCUCCUCCUGUCUCCCUCUCCUCCUGCCUCCUCCCCCUCCUCCUCCUGCCUCCCUCUCUCUCCUCCUGCCUCCUCCCCCUCCUCCUCCUGCCUCCCUCUCUCUCCUCCUGCCUCCUCCCCCUCCUCCUGCUGUCUCCCUCUCCUCCUCCUGCCUCCUCCCUCUCCUCCUCCUGUCUCCCUCUCCUCCUCCUGUCUCCCUCUCCUCCUCCUGUCUCCCUCUCCUCCUCCUGUCUCCCUCUCCUCCUCCUGUCUCCCUCCUCCCUCCUCCUGUCUCCCUCUCCUCUUCCUGUCUCCCUCUCCUCUUCCUGUCUCCCUCUCCUCCUCCUGUCUCCCUCUCCUCCUGCCUCCUCCCCCUCCUCCUCCUCCUGCCUCCCUCUCUCUCCUCCUGCCUCCUCCCCCUCCUCCUCCUGCCUCCCUCUCUCUCCUCCUGCCUCCUCCCCCUCCUCCUGCUGUCUCCCUCUCCUCCUCCUGCCUCCUCCCUCUCCUCCUCCUCCUGUCUCCCUCUCCUCCUCCUGUCUCCCUCUCCUCCUCCUGUCUCCCUCUCCUCCUCCCCCUCCUCCUCCUGCCUCCCUCUCUCUCCUCCUGCCUCCUCCCCCUCCUCCUGCUGUCUCCCUCUCCUCCUCCUGCCUCCUCCCUCUCCCUCCUCCUGUCUCCCUCCUCCCUCCUCCUGUCUCCCUCUCCUCCUCCUGUCUCCCUCCUCCCUCCUCCUGUCUCCCUCUCCUCCUCCUGUCUCCCUCCUCCCUCCUCCUGUCUCCCUCUCCUCCUCCUCCUCCUGUCUCCCUCCUCCCUCCUCCUGUCUCCCUCUCCUCCUCCUGUCUCCCUCCUCCUUCCUCCUGUCUCCCUCUCCUCCUCCUGUCUCCCUCUCCUCCUCCUGUCUCCUCCUCCUCCUCCUGUCUCCUCCUCCUCCCCCUCCUCCUCCUGCCUCCCUCUCUCUCCUCCUGCCUCCUCCCCCUCCUCCUGCUGUCUCCCUCUCCUCCUCCUGCCUCCUCCCUCUCCUCCUCCUGUCUCCCUCCUCCCUCCUCCUGUCUCCCUCUCCUCCUCCUGUCUCCCUCCUCCCUCCUCCUGUCUCCCUCUCCUCCUCCUGUCUCCCUCCUCCCUCCUCCUGUCUCCCUCUCCUCCUCCUGUCUCCUCCUCCUCCUCCUGUCUCCCUCCUCCCUCCUCCUGUCUCCCUCUCCUCCUCCUGUCUCCCUCCUCCUUCCUCCUGUCUCCCUCUCCUCCUCCUGUCUCCCUCUCCUCCUCCUGUCUCCUCCUCCUCCUCCUGUCUCCCUCUCCUCCUCCCCCUCCUCCUCCUGUCUCCCUCUCCUCCUCCCCCUCCUCCUCCUGCCUCCCUCUCUCUCCUCCUGCCUCCUCCCCCUCCUCCUGCUGUCUCCCUCUCCUCCUCCUGCCUCCUCCCUCUCCUCCUCCUGUCUCCCUCCUCCCUCCUCCUGUCUCCCUCUCCUCCUCCUGUCUCCCUCCUCCCUCCUCCUGUCUCCCUCUCCUCCUCCUGUCUCCCUCCUCCCUCCUCCUGUCUCCCUCUCCUCCUCCUGUCUCCUCCUCCUCCUCCUGUCUCCCUCCUCCCUCCUCCUGUCUCCCUCUCCUCCUCCUGUCUCCCUCCUCCUUCCUCCUGUCUCCCUCUCCUCCUCCUGUCUCCCUCUCCUCCUCCUGUCUCCUCCUCCUCCUCCUGUCUCCCUCUCCUCCUCCCCCUCCUCCUCCUGUCUCCCUCUCCUCCUCCCCCUCCUCCUCCUGCCUCCCCCUCUCUCCUCCUGCCUCCUCCCUCCUCCUCCUGUCUCCUCUGCUCAGGUUUUUAUGAUUUUUUUAAAUCAUUUUUUUGACGAGGUUGAAGUCGAGUGUUAG